GCGGAUAACUUCGUUCCGGACCUUAUCCUGCAAAGAAAAUCCGAGCGUAGCACGCUGUAAAAAUAAAGAGGACAACUAAUUAUUUAUAAAAAGUUUAAUCGAUAAAAACGUCAUACUACACUAAUGUACGCAAGAAAUUUGUCUGAAGACUCCGUUGACGCACUUUAUAAACACAAAUCCUGACUGGUUUCUUUGCAGUUGCGUAUCACUCGACGCAGAGGUGAACCGCGUUGGAAUAAAUAGACAUAAUUUACAUUAAAAAUAUAUUAGUGAGCAACAAAACUUAAACAUGGAGAAGUGGUGCCUCUUUUUAGUAUUUGCUAUCCUAAGCAAUGUAGCUUUUGGCUUAAGCUAUAGAAAUAAACGCCAAGAAGAAAGUGGCGACACAAAUUCAGGGGAGGAAAAUUUAGAAGAUAGAUACGGUAAUGAAUUUAACAGGCCUAACAGGCCUAACUGGCAAUGGCAAGGUCAGUUCCCUGGACAAGAUUCUUUCCCAGGACAGGGACAGCGUCCGUUCCAAGGACAAGGACAAGUUCCGUUCCAAGGACAGGGACAGCGUCCGUUCCAAGGACAGGGACAGCGUCCUUUCCAAGGACAGGGACAAGGUCCUUUCCAAGGACAGGGACAAAAUCAGUUCCAAGGACAGGGACAAAAUCAGUUCCAAGGACAGGGACAAAACCAGUUCCAAGGACAGGGACAAAACCAGUUUCCAGGCCAGGGACAAAAUCAGUUUCCAGGCCAGGGACAAAAUCAGUUUCCAGGGCAGGGACAAAACCAGUUCCAAGGACAGGGACAAAAUCAGUUUCCAGGCCAGGGACAAGGGCAAAAUCAAUCCCCGGGACAGGGACAAGGACAACAAUCAACACCUUCUCCUAAUGCGGCUACAACUCAGUCGAGUGCAGCGCAGGCAUGCAUAAGAAACUGUCCUGUCACGUCUGAAUACAACCCGGUCUGUGGUUCCAACGGCGUUACGUAUGAUAACCCUGGACGCCUAGGUUGUGCCCAAGCCUGUGGAGUCAUAUUAAGCAUUAUUAUAAGUACUUGGACUUUGUUUAUUUACAAAAUGAAGAAUUUCAUACCAGUAAUUUUUUUUCUGAUAGCGUUUGAACAAAAAGUGUUUACCCGAAGAUUAGCAAACGUUAUAGACGAUAAUGCUAUACUAUAUGCACAGUCAUACUUCUCCAAACCGUAUUCGAUAAGCAACGGGGACGGCCGUCUAUAUCAAACGUGGGAACUAGAAGAUCACGACACACUUGAUGAUAACGAAAACGAUCACCGUAUCAUAUUUCCUGAACGAGGAUCGCGCACAACAAGUCGGGUAUCACAAAGGCAAACUCGACAAUGUUUGACGUCCUGUCAGCCGACUGCGGAGUACGAGCUUGUUUGCGGGACGGACGGCGUCACUUACCAGAAUCUUGAACAGCUGCAAUGCUUUAUGCGGUGCGGAGUUGACGUUAAUAUCCACCAUUUGGCACCGUGCUCAGGCUGGGGUGGCACUACUGCAAGUCCUAUACAAACAUCUACAUCCACAAACCUGCAGGCUUGCAUGUCUUCGUGCCCAACCACCUCGGAGUACAGCCCUGUGUGCGGCAGCGAUCAUAUCACAUAUUACAACCACGGAAAAAUGGCAUGUGCACAAUGGUGUGGAAAAGAUGUUCAAUUAAUUCGACGAACGCCAUGCCCAAAAAUAACAACCACAGCUCACAAUGUAAUUACAACAACGCCGAGAAGUACAACAAUAAGUAUAUCAGCACGAACUUGUAUAACAUCGUGUCCUAGCACCCCGGAAUACAACCCAGUUUGUGGCACGGACAGGCAAACCUACUUUAACUUGUCAAGGUUGCAGUGCGCCAUUAACUGUGGAGUUGAUGUAUCUUUGCUAAAAUCGGUAGCAUGCCAUCUUGAAGAGAAUUCAGCAAUUAGCAAUAAGCCAAAUGAUGAUGACAAUUAUGAUAUCGACAUAAGAUUUCAUAAGGAUUAUGGUUUUGAAAGGCCCUGCAGAGAUUCUUCACCAGGAUGCUUGCAAAACUCAAUAGAGGUUGUCUUGCCUGAUUUCGUAGGAGGCAUUCCGGAGCUUGGAAUUCGAUCUUUGAACCCUUUCGAUGCCGCAAAUCUUCUAUUUGUCCUACCUAAAGGAAUAACUAUCGAAAUCGAACAAGUUUAUACCGGAGGGCUUCGUACAUGCCGCGUUGUUUUUGCAAGGAAAAUUGCUGGGGAUCAGUACGAAGCACAGCUUCGUUGCAACUUGAGUAUAGACGGUGUAUACAUUUCAAAGGGGAAAAUUAAUUUUUCCAUUGACGGAGAAGGCCAGUCGGUCAUAAACUGUAAUUUAACGAUAAAUUGUUACUUUCGUAUAUUGCCCAUGACAAAACCAGACGGCGAUCUAUACUUACAAGUAGAGGAUUUCAAAUUGACUAAUAAAUUAUUGAAAGGUCAAGUCAGUUUUAGUUUGUAUGAUUUUAUAACGGGGGAUCCAGAAAUGAGAGAAAGUGGUCCUAGAGUGACUCUGGAACUAAUAUUACUAUCGUUGUUUUACUGA